AUGGUAAACGCAGAUUAUAAUGAAGCGAGCAAGAUACGGAAGCCACAAUUAAGCAAGAUUGAAGAGAUUAGAGAUGAAGCCUACAAAUGUGCAUCCACAUAUAAAGACAAACUUAAAAAGGUUCACGAUGCAAAGUUGAAGCUUUUUGCGGGCAAGUUGAGAAGUAAAUGGAUGGGGCCCAAUGUGAUUACAAGAGUAGGUCGAUUUGGUGAUAUAGAGAUUGAAGAUGUUCACACUCAAACGAAACAAGUGGUGAAUGGGCACUGGAUCAAGCCAUACUUGGAGGGAAACGACAUUAACAAUCCCGAGCUUGACAAAGUGGGCUACAUUCUAUGCCCGUUGGAUGAAGUAGAAACUUGA